AAAAGCAAUGGAAAAAAUAUCCUCAGGCAAGGAUUAAUACAAAACCAAAAAAAAGCAUAUCUGCAGAAAUGUAUGUAAUAUAAGCUAUAAGAAGGCUGUUUCCUUACCAGGAUGUCCGUGUCAUGGCUGUAGUGACCAAGUUUUGUUGCAAAUAUGCAAUUGACUCCCUGUUUCUCAUUGCAUUUGUGCUUGUAGUUAAGAACUUUCUGGUUUUUUUCCUAGAAACUGAACAGUUUUAGCUACCUUUAUUUUCUAAAAAUUCUAGACUUUAUAGUUCAGUGGAUGUCUUUGAACAGUAAAACCGAGAAACUAUAAAUACUAUUUCUUUUCAAUUCCCUAUAUUUGGUUUAGACAUAAUCCCUAUCAUUUGGACAUCUUUCGUAGGAAUCGGUGAAAAGAUUCGAAUGAACCUGAGCUAUAAACCUGUCAUUGGAAGAUGUAAUUAGCCAGUCAGUGGCCACAAAGGAUAUUUGAUUUUUUUGAAAGCUUUUUAAAAUCAGUAUUAUAUGGCUGCAAGUGAUAAAUGAUCAACAAUCAAGACUGUGAAGGUCACACUUUCUGAUGGUGGUGACGAGCCAUGGCGACCGAUGAUAAAGUUGCCAUCUUAACUGAUGACGAGGAGGAACAAAAGAGAAAAUACGUGCUCGCUGAUCCUUUUAAUGGUAUUUCCAGGGAACAAGAGCCACCUUCUAAUGAAACACCCUCCUCCACAGAAACAAAUGCUAUUCCUGAAGAGGAAAUAGACUGGAUAGAGAAACAUUGUGUUAAAAUAAACAAUGAUCUUCUCAUUUCCAAGGUCUUCUACUUUUUCUUUUACGCUGCAUAUGGCUCUCUUUACCCACUUCUGCCCGUAUAUUACAAACAGCUGGGAAUGUCACCAAGCCAGAGUGGGUUGCUAGUAGGUAUUCGAUACUUCAUUGAAUUCUGCAGCGCCCCCUUUUGGGGUGUAGUUGCAGAUCGCUUUAAAAAAGGCAAAACUGUCCUCCUCUUUUCUCUUCUGUGUUGGGUUUUAUUCAACCUGGGCAUUGGGUUCGUCAAACCUGCUACCUUGAGAUGUGUACCAAAGAUCCCCCCGACAGCUCGCCCCGCCAAUUCAAGUCACCUGAUAACCAUCCUGCCAGUGAAUUCUUCCGUUACGUCUUCCAUUACCGCAUCACCAAGAACGCGUGAGAAAAGAAACCUGCUGCUUUCCAGUGGGCCAGUGAUGGCAGACACAGGGCCCAAUGUCACAGAAACGUUAAUCUUCUCGACGGCUCUAAACAAGACCAGCACGCCCACUCUGCAGCCUCAGACAGGUGAAGUUACAGGCCAGAUUAAUGACGUGACCUUGCAUCCGAGCGCUGGAACCCCUGUCCCCCCCGAAAUUGUAACCAGAGAGACAACCACUCCUGUCAUCACUACCACCAAAUCUUUACCUUCUGACCAAGUCGCUCUUGUUUAUGAUCAACAAGAAGUAGAAGCUAUAUUCUUGGUGAUCUUAGUAGUUGUCAUUAUAGGAGAAUUUUUCAGUGCCUCUUCUGUCACCAUUGUGGACACGAUAACCCUCCAGUAUCUGGGAAAACACAGAGACCGGUAUGGAUUGCAGCGCAUGUGGGGCUCCCUGGGCUGGGGCCUGGCAAUGCUGUCCGUGGGCAUCGGGAUUGACUACACCCACAUAGAAGUGCUGGUUUACGGAAAGGGGUGUAAGGCCCCUGAGUACCGCAACUACCAGAUUGUCUUCAUCGUCUUUGGAGUUCUCAUGACCAUGGCCUUGAUUGUCGCUACUCAGUUCCGAUUCCGCUACAACCACUUCAAAAAUAAUGGCAAUAAAGGAAAAGAGGUGGAAAUCCCUCAGGUGGAGAGAAACAGCCCCACUGAGUCCUCUGAGGAGACACCAACCACGACAAGCCCCUCGCAGACUGUCAGCUUUUGGGACUUAAUCAGACUGCUUUGCAGUGUGCAGUAUGGCUCGGUGCUGUUCGUGGCUUGGUUUAUGGGCUUUGGAUACGGCUUUGUGUUCACCUUUCUCUACUGGCAUUUGGAGGACCUGAAUGGAACCACAACCCUCUUUGGAGUGUGUUCAGUCCUGAGUCACGUGUCUGAGCUGACAGCUUAUUUUUUUAGUCACAAGCUUAUUGAGUUGAUUGGCCAUAUCAGGGUUCUGUAUAUUGGCCUGGCUUGCAAUACGGCUCGCUAUAUUUAUAUUUCCUAUCUGGAAAAUGCCUGGACUGUCCUCCCCAUGGAAGUUCUUCAAGGAGUGACUCAUGCGGCCAUCUGGGCAGCCUGCAUUUCCUAUCUCAGUGCAGCUGUUCCCCCUGAGCUGAGGACGUCUGCUCAGGGCAUCCUGCAGGGCCUUCACCUGGGUUUGGGGAGAGGUUGUGGUGCCAUGAUUGGAGGCGUGUUAGUCAAUUAUUUUGGGGCUGCUGCAACCUUCCGAGGAAUUGGCAUGGCCUGCCUGGUGAUCCUCCUGCUCUUUGCCCUGAUCCAGUGGCUGGCGGUGCCAGAUGAGGAAGAAGACAAGACAAUGUUGGCAGAAAGGAUUCCUGUUCCAUCAAGUCCUGUUCCCAUAGCAACCAUCGACUUGGUACAGCAGCAGACAGAAGACGUCAUGCCACGCAUUGAGCCUAGACUUCCUCCCAGGAAAACCAAGCACCAGGAAGAACAGGAGGAUGUGAACAAGCCAGCCUGGGGAGUCAGCUCCUCUCCCUGGGUGACCUUCGUCUACGCACUCUACCAAAUUAAAGAGAUGAUGCAGCUAACAAGAGAAAACCAUGCUUCUGAGAUCCAGCCUUUGCAGGGGACCAGUGAGAAUCGGGGAGAUUCUCCAGCUGGUGGAGCCCGGCCUGUCCCAAGUGAGAUUCAUUCCGACUCAUCUAGAAACCAGCCAUCCCCUCAAACAGCAACAUCUCAGACGCAGAGCAGCUCUGCUCACCCCAGCGUGGACCAGCAUGCAAAGGAGAGUGUGGACCAGCAUGCAAAGGAGAGUGAGGGCCAGAAUGCAAAGGAGAGUGAGGACCAGCAGGCUCAGCCUGCCACUAGGGGACACUGAGGGGGCCUGCUCGUCUCACACCCUGCAUGGAACUGGGCUCCUCUGCCAGGACAGAUGGAGAGGUGUCCCGAACCCAGCACACGCCUCACCUUGAGGAGCAUCACACCACAUACACGCUUCUAAAUAUCUGAACCCAUUAACAUGGAAAACAUACACACAUAGUAGCUACAGUACAUAUUGGCAGAAAGAGUUAAAAUUCCAUAAUCCCACUGGAAUCACAGGAGGAAAAUGGAAUUCAGUGAGGACUUUCCGUUCUUUGGUUGGUUAGUUUAAGGACUACAGGACCUCUCUGCCAGGGCAGUAAGAGUUGAAGCUAGCAGUUACACUAAGUAAGUGGAGGGAAAGAAAGUGUUUCGAGGUGAGUGCUGACAUAAUUUCCCUCUUCUGAUUAUUUAUUCUAAUUAUUUGGUUCUUAAUGCAAACUGGGAAGAAACAAUACACCUAUAAUUCUGUUUCUCUUAAAGAGAACCAUUUAAAAAUUGUCCGAUUUAAAAAAUACAGUAAGCAGAUAAAAGUUAGAAUAUAUGCUUUUGUUUAAAAAAAAAAAGGAAAAAGUUUCAUCAGAAACGUGGCAUAUCUCUAGCAAAUAUAUUUUUAUAUGUGUAUGGUAUAUAAUGAAAACAGUUGAUUAUUUGAGCAAAAGCUGUUAUUGACUAAAGCUAAGCUGAGCUUUAAAAUGCCUUUUGUUUUAAAUGGGCUUUGAGACCAGAGGAGGGAAUAUUCCAUAGACCCGACCAACUCAGUAUCCUGUCGCCUGAUAGACAGGGGUUUACUAAAUACACUGAUACUGUAAAUAGCCUCUGUCACUAUUUACAAUUUUAGUGAUUCAGGCUCUACUCAGAUGAUGGAAUUUUUUUUAAAAAAAUACUGAAUUCCUAAGGGUUUCUUUAAUUAAGCAGUACUAUUUACAAAUAACAGUAUAUGAUUUAAGUGCCUGGGGGAGGGAUACAGUUUUUAAAAAUUACAUAAUGGGUCCAGUUUUUGCUCUUUUUGGUGAGAGGGGAAAAGGUAGUGAAUAGGAAACCAGGACUGGAAAGGACAGUAAGAAGUAACUAUACUUCCCAAUGACUGAAGACACAAAUCUCAGUCUAUUCUUUCCCGGGAAGACACAGUCAGACACUGGACAGCUAGAUGUGGGUAUGCUGCUGAAGCUGUUACAGCUACUGUCAGAACAAUGUCUGGGUUAUGCGCAUAAAGCUUGCUGCUAAACAUGAAAGCCGAGGCUAACGGAGCCUGGGAGCCUGUGGAAAGGGAACGCUGC